AUGAGAGGCCAGCGCUACCUCCAAACGGAAGCCGAUGUGGAACGAGCCGAAGAAAGCCCCCAGCCAAAGAACGAGCCGCAGACCUUGCGGCCUCACUCGCAGACCUUGCGCCGAUGCCUCUGUUGUUUCACCUUGGUUCUGGUCAGUAUCUUUCAGGCGUUGGCCUUGGACGGCCUGGACUCCCAGAUCCUCAACGUCUACUGGCGCUCCGGCUCCGGAGCCAAAGCCGGUGGGCCGGCGGCGUCACCGGCGUUGAGUCCGAGCCCGAGCGCCACGGUCAGCGCCACGAUCAGCCCAAGUGCUGGCGACUUCGGUGUUCUGUAUGUGAUGCUCACCCACAAGAAGAACUACGCCACGAAGGUGGCCGGCGCUAUGAGCACCUGGGUGCGAGACGUCCUGAGCUCUGAGCAUGAUGCCCUACUGGCCGUCGGGGACAAAGAGUCCAAGAAUCCGCCGGUGAUUUCUGCGAGCCCUCCAUGUGGGAACGAUCACAACGACCAACUGGUUUGUAAAGCUGGGAUCGCUCUCCAGCGGGCCUAUGAGACUCGUGGGAACUUCUCGUGGCUGUUCAUGGUGGAUGACGACUUCUAUUUGAGUGUGCGGCAUGUGCACAACGUGUUGUCGGGAUUUGAUGCGUCCAAGCUGAUUUCUGUGGGUAUUCCGGGGUGUGGUAUGCACUUCUGCAACAAGCAGGGUGGCUACUGUGGGGGGCGGCGGCUUUGCUAUGACUUGGGCAGCAUUGGAAAGUUUGAUGCAGCCAAACAUGAGCGAAUUUCAGAGGGAUUUGAUGGCCAAUAUUGCCAGAGAGAAGAACGGACAGUCUUGGGCAGAUAUUUCUGUGAGCUGUACGCUUCGAAGACAUGGUGUUUCUCUUUUGCCCAUCAAAGGGCUUUAUGGUUGGCGCAUUGA